ACAUUGAAUCAACGUUGCCAUGACUUCGAGGUCGAGUUAAUCAUGAAUUUUUAUGAUAAAGAUGAAAGUGCAGUAGCUAAAAUAAAAUCGAUCCUAGAGAAAAGAAAAGAGCGGUUUGUGUUUGGUUCAUGCCAGGAACGUUUGCUAUAUCCAGAAGCACUACCUAACCACCGAUUUGGAAUUACUCUAUCAAAAAUAAACGCCAAUGAACUGGUUGGACCAGCAACCUAUGAUACACAAAAUUCAAUCCAUCGUGAUUUCAACAAGAAGGGUGCCAUAAUAGGAACAGGAGAAGCACGUAUUAUGGACAGUCACUUGUUUAAUGCUUAUUCUCCAGAUCCUGGAGCUUAUCAAAACAUUGUGGAUAAGUCUUUGUCAGUCAAACCAAAUAAAGUACCAUUUAACCAUUCUGCUCCUAGAACAAAUAAAUUUCUUGAAGGUGCAUCGACUGUCGGUCCUGGCAUAUAUGAUGUGACACAAAAAACUGGUCAACAUGUACAAUGGCAAAUGGACACAAUGUUACGCCCAGUUAACCUACCUGUGAUCAAACAAGAAAGUACCAUACCGAUCAAUACAAUUAAACUUCCUACAACUACUCAAAGUAAACGAUAUCAAAGGAAAUUGGAGUAUAUGAAAUUGUAUUUCUAAUUGAAUGUAUACAUUGUUUAAAGACAAAGAAUUUGAUGAAAAAUUUUUUAACAAUUGAAACUAAAUACGCAUUUUUCAUGAUUUUAUGCAUCUAUCUCAUUCAUUGGCUGGAAGAUAUUGUGCAGAAAAUAAAAGGACAGUAUGAAUUAUAAAGAAUUAUUGGAACAAAUAAUCAUUUUCACUUAUAGUUCAUCAUCAUGAAGCUUAACAAUUAAUUAUAAACUCAUCA